GGAAGGAAGGGAGGAAAGGCUGGAAUGUGUCGCUAGCAGAAACCGUUUAUGUCAGCCUACAGGUUUUACAACCAGGAACAAAGUUCAUGUGCUGUGCUGGCUGCGUCACAGUAUCACGGUGACAGGUAAAUUUAAGUUCAUCUAAGUGCCCCUAGAAAUACAGGAUAAUGAAGGGGUGCCGGCAGCCUCUUCCAAUGCUGUGGUUGACUGCAGUGGUAGCAAUGAAUAUACUGGGAAGUCAUGCUGAGGUUGUGGAAGAGGACACACUGCAGGUAAAGAACUUGACCAACCAGCUUCUGCAAGUCAUUCCUGAUAAUUGCAACAGUUCCUCUGUUACUGAACUGGUGAUCGAGGGGAGCCUGAUUACUCUGAAUGAGGCUGACAGACUAGCCCUGGCCAGUUAUCCCGAACUGGUAGAACUCCACCUGGAUGGUAACCUGGUGACCAGUAUACCAGCCGAGUACUUCUCUGUGGUACCACACCUCAGAGUGCUGUCUCUGUCCAGGAACAACAUCAGCAGCUUGGACCCAGAGUCUUUCUCUGGCCUAGAUGUCCUGAAUGUGCUGGACCUGUCCCACAACCUGCUGACAAGUCUCCAUACACAGCUAUUCAGUCAGCUGAACAAUCUACAGGUGCUGAACCUACAAGAAAACCCCUGGAACUGUUCCUGUCCGCUGCUGAGCAGCAUCGGAGAGGCCAAAGCAGCCGGAGUUAACAUUGGAGGGGUCACCUGUGCUUCUCCAGAAAAGCAGACUGGAAGUGAUGUUUUACAGGUUACAGCUAUGUGCUACCCAUCACCAUCACCACCACCCAUCUUCACUACCGACUCACAAAAUCCAGCCAACUCUCAACAGUCUUGGGGCUCAUCCACUAUGCUGGAGACCACAAGGACACCAAGCCAGAACCGCAACAUCGACGAAGACCAGACACCUUUGCUCGGCAACUCAUGGAAGUUCACAGCAGGUGUUGUAGUCUUGGCGCUAUGCACCUCCAUGUUCAUCGUAUUCGGCAUAAAGGGGCCUUCCUGGUACAAGCUCUUCAACGACUACCGUCAUAAGCGACUGCGCCAAGAUGAGGAGGAGGAUGAGGAGGGCGUUGUGUCAACAGUCUUCUCAGGGACAGGGAGAUAUCUGAACCAACAGACAUUCACCUUCGAGCAAGAGAAUGGGCAGAUAGAGGAGGAGGAGGAGGAGGAGGAUGGGUAUUUUGAGGAUCCAUACAUCAGGAGGGAAGAGCGACAUGCAGGAGAGGAGACUUCAGCAGAACCAUGAAGCGGGCGACCAGUGACAAGACCAGGAAGCAAUCAUCACAAAAGAAAAAUCUGACACUGUUGUAUGGUACCAAAAGAGUAUAAAAACCCUGAUUGAGACACACAAGUGUGCUGUAUACACAUCCCACAUGUCUUAAUAAGAAAAUGCUCCAUUCAGAGUAAGGCCUAAUUCAGAAUAUCCAAACAGAAUAUUUGCUGUUUACAUGACCCGUAUCAAAUUCAGAAUAUAGUCAUAUUCGGAAUAAUAGUGGAAUGUUAGUGUGCAUGUAAACGUAGUCAUUGGCUAUUAGAUUAUUUUCUAGAAAAGUUUAGGAACAGGAUUUCCCAACAUAAAUCCUUACCCAGUGAUCUCAAGCAAUGCAACUGUGUUGUUUAGAACCUCCUGCCAUACCCAUAGUUAAACGUCCACAAAGUACUUACUCUCUCCUCUCAGUGAAGAUGCUAUCGAUGCCUUCAGCCUCGCUGUCAUUGUGGGCUUUUAACUGGAAAGGUAGAAAGGAAGGGAAAUGAAAAGAAUGAACGGGCAUACUCAUUAUAUUCGCAAUAAGAAACUUGUCCACUUUUGUUUUAUCCAAAAUCAGCCCACUGAAUCACAUCUUUGACUUGACUUUUUGAAGAAGGAGGUGUCAGAAAAGUUACCAUAAUGCUAACAACAGUUUGUACUUACAAUGUUGUAGUCGUUGAUCAUUUCCUCCAUCUCUGUGUUGGUGUUGAGCUUGUCCACCAGC